UUUUUUUCCCAAGUCUUGAAUGUGAUUCGCCCGCAUAUUACAUAAAUAUCCACUGUCAAAAUGACUGCAAAUGGCGCCAAUCCAGCAUAUUCCUUCGGCGACACCCUGAACGAAGACGGACUGAGUGGUUUUGUCAUAGAUAUGGCGCAAAACUCUGAAGUUGUUAGUCAGGGAACUGAAUCGGAAAUGCCGAUAAUUUCUCGAGGCUUUUCGUCGUCAAAUCCUCCACAUGCUCUUAAUUUCCUAGCUGGCGUCGCUAUGUUCGUCCAAUUUUCUGCAACCAAUUUCGUUACAAAGCUGAAAAGCAGCCAGCUAAGGAAACUAUACUGACAGCUUCGAAAUCGAACAUAUCUUCAGCAGCAAUUUAGUUUCUCGAUCUUGAUUCAAUUCAUCAAUCUCCACGCAUCGCCCUCCAAAUCAAUCGUCGGGUGUUCUAUUCGAUCGAAAUUGGUAUAAGGAGACUGCUGAUUGGCCGGUGCCGCUUCCGGCGAAUGAAAUUUUGCGGCUUGAGGUACUUAGAGUUAUUAAAGGGAAAGGAAGCGAUCAGUAAUGCUUACGGAGACAUUUAAUGACAACACAAAUGAGCAGCAUCCAAAAAGAUCUUCAGAAACUAUUGAUGGAAAAGGAACAAGUAAUCUUUCUGAUUCAAACCAUGAGGCAAGUGAUGGGAGUGAGAUCAAUUUGGACUCAGGAGAGCUAAUUGAUGUUAACAUUGGAGGUGAAAGAGAAAACCCAGGAAUGUCAAUAAGUGUUAACAAUGAUUACUCAAGAACAGAUACCAACAGCAAUAAAACCAUAUUUGUUCCAGAUGAAACAUCAAGUUCUUCCUCUUCAUUAGAAAUAUUUUCAAAUGAUUUCUUCCAAGCUAGAAAAGUUACUGAACGUCCAGCAUCAGAAUCUGUAACAAAAGAUGAAGAAAGUGAUGUAUCUCAUGAGAGCUCUAAAAGCAUUGCGGCUGAAAGAGAAAAACCAGAAAUGUCAAGAAGCUAUAACAAUGAUUACUUGAUAGUAGAUACCGAUGGCAUUAAAAGCAUAUUGGUUCCAGAUAAAGCAUCAAGUUCUUCCUCUUUAUCAGAAUCAUCGUCAAAUGAUUAUGUCUCUCAUGAGAGCUCUAAACGCAUUGGAGUUGAAAGAAAAAACCCAGAAAUAUCAAGAAGUGAUAAUGGUGAUUACUUAAAAACAGACACCAAUGACACUAAAAGCAUGUUGGUUCCGGAUGAAACAUCAAGUUCUUCCCCUUCAUCAAAAUCAUCAUCAAAUGAUUUCUUCCAAACUGGGAAAGUUAACUUUGCUGAAUCUCCAGCUUCUAAAUUUGCAUCAAAAGAUGAAGAGAGUUAUGUCUCUCGUCAGAGCUCUAUCAAAUCUGAACCUGGCAACAGCAUUCCAGUUUGUGCAUCAACAUCUCCAAUUUACAAUUUGAACCGUAGUCAUAUGAUCAUGUCCCCAACUGCUGCCCCUCCUGUCCAAGUGAUGGAUCGAUCAUCAGAAUAUGAUUCUUUCAAAAUUCCAUCUUCAGUUUUUGCAGUCAAUACAAAUCCUGUGGAUUGGACCAAUGAUUCCAAUGAUUCCGAUGAAUCAUUGUUUAGCAUUCAACUGGGGAACCAUAGUCUUGCCAGAGACCAUUUGUUUACGGCAGCUGAAUUGCACAAGUCUGUGGAAUUGACUAAAUCUGGUGAGUUGAAUAUGUUCAGCCCACAACCUUCAGUUGUAAUUGAGGACAGAGACACGUUCAGAAAGAGUGUUGGGACAGAGGACUCACAAACAACUGAAAUGUCAGAUGAAGAUUUGAAGUUAGAAGAAAGCCUUGGUGAAAACAAAAACACGGUAAAGAAUUCAUUCCCAGCUUCAAGUUACAACUCCCAUGGCAAUGGAAUCGGAGUGCAGUCCUCUGCUCUACCAAUAGAAAAGAAGCAGGAAACGUUACUGUGCUACUGUUUUAUUUGUAGUUGGGCAUGCUGCUGCUUUAAGUUGCCAAGCUGUUCCUGCCUGAAAUGUAGUUCAGCGCUCUGUUGUUGUUGGCAUGCUUCUCCUGUUUUACCAGAAGCGGUCAGUCAUGAUUCUGUGAAGACAUAUAGUCCUCGAGUGACUUCAGAUUCAACUUCAAAUUUUUGCAAUUGGUGCCAGUGCUUCUCUUGGCUUUGUUGCACUUCUUGUUGUUCACAUACUGAUAGUCCUCGUCAACUAUCUUAUGAUAAAGCCUCAGAUAAGACGUCUAGUUCAACUUGCAAUUGUUGCAGUUGGUUCCAAUGUUGCUUUUGGUCUUGGUGUUCAUGGGGCAAUCGUUCUUGUUGUUCACGGACAUACAGUCCUCGACAACAAUCUUAUAAAAAAGACUCUGAAAAGCAUUCCAGCUCAACUUCCAGUUGUUGCAGUUGGUUCCAUUGUUUCUCUGGGUCUUACUGUUCAAGGGACACUUGUUGCUGCUGCUGCUGUUCAGAGACAGAUGGUCCUCGACAUCAAUCUCUUGAUAAAGCCGCCGAAGAGACAUCUGCCUCAACUUCCAAUUGUUUCCAAUGUUGCUGUUCACAGACGGACAGUCCUGGAAACCAAUCAUUUGGUAAAGCCUCUGGAAAGACUUCCAGCUCAUCAUCUAAUUGUUGUAGAUGGUCCCUCUGCUGUUUCUGAUCUUGUUUUUCAUGGGGCAAAUGUUGUUGUUGUUGUUGUUGUUGUUGAGGGAUUGGCUUUUAAAAAACAAUUCCUACAAAUUUUUAGUUUAGUUACCAUCUUUAGGUAUUUAGGUUUGAUCAGAUUCCAAUCUCCAUACCUUUAGGAUUCAUCUCUCAAGAUUUAAGCACUUACAAUUUCUGGGUGUCACCUGUGGUUUAGAAACUACCUUUUCUCCCAUGUCCUUGAGUUGCUAAUUUCUUGCUUUAGUCUGAAGGGGGUAAUGGAGUUGGUGGCGGCGGCUGCAGCAGUGAUGGUGGUGGUGGUGAUGGCAGCUUCAUAGCGUCUGGGAUGAUUAGAGGGACCUAUGAAUGAUAUUUCUUGUAGCAGUAAGAAGAGCUCAAUUUGUAAAAUAAUUUUUCAGAAGUUUUUGAAUUUGUUUCUUUCACUUCUCAUUGUAAAUUUAUUGUAGAUUAACCAAAGUCACUUGAUUUUAUGGUAGAACUCUCAACCCUGUUACUUCA